UCCAUUGUUAAGAGGAAAACUAGGCAGAGGAAAGGCAUUAAUUAAAACCUGUAAUUUACCUAAGAUAUGCAUCAUUAAGUUGUCAAAAGUCACUCAGUGGUAUUGAUUAAAAGAGUUAUAUAGAAAUUUAGCAUACCUGAAUAUGAAAACAGCUUAUAAACCAAUGUUGACAUAGUUAUUCUGUGUUGAGGAUAUAAAACUGAUUUAUCUUUAUCAGAACAGGAUUCAGUACUUGUACAAGUAUCCACCAGGCCAUUCAAUAAUCAAGUAAUCCCGCGAGCAGUUCAGUAAUCAAGCAGUAUGAGAUGACAUUAUUUAACCUCAAUAUAAAGACAGGGACUCAAACCUCAGAUAAUUAACACAGGUAAAGAUGUAGUCUGAAAUAAACUCCAAUGUUAGCUGUUCAUCAGCUGUCCUUGCUGGACCAUAUAGUAGAAAUCUACCCCAAUACUAUACAGCAGAGAGAAACAUGAACAGCUUGGGCUCAUCAUACCACAAGUUACAGGACAGCUCUCUACCAACAUUUGGAAAACCCAAACCUAAGAUGAAGAAGCCCGGUCGCUUCUUCUCACUAGUGAUUGUAGUGUUGGGACUGGGGAUAGUUCUUACUCUGCUGAAUAUCUACGAGCUUCAUAAAAUGAGGGAAACUGGGGCAUUACAACAGGUCAGUCAGCCACAGGUGGAGGCAGGGACAGGAAAACAUGCGGUCAGGAUGCCAGUAGUGUGGGUGGCGGGCAAAAAGCUGGAGUCCGGAUACUUGAAGCAUGUGUUUGCAGUAUUUGAGAGGAUAGGAUAUGUUACUGGUGAUGGUGAAUCUGAAUUUGAUGUACUCUGGUCACAUGAAUAUCCGUUUGAACAGUUGGCCAGAAAAAUCUCAGAUCUCAAGCCUCAUCAGAAGGUAAAUCAUUUCCCAGGGUCAGGAUACAUUACCAAUAAAGUCAGUCUAGCUGUCUCCAACAAUCCUUAUAUACCCAGAGCCUUCAAGAUUCCCAAGGAAAAGGACAAAUUUCUACAAUAUGCAGAGGAGCACCCAGAAACAUUGUGGGUCCAGAAGAGAAACAGUCACAGAGGAAUCAAAAUCAAACAUGUACAAGACCUGGAUUUGUCAGAUGAAGGCUCCUUUGUUCAGGUGUUUGUGGACCGACCAUUUCUUAUUGAUGGCAGGAAAUUUGACAUUGGAGUGUACACCAUACUAACAUCCAUAGAUCCACUGAGAGUGUACAUCCUAGAGUCUGAGGCUUUAUUCAGGUUCUGUUCUCAUGAUUACUACCCUUUUGAUGCCCGGGACAUCAAUAAGUAUGUGGUGGGAGAUGCCUACACCCCAGUCUGGGAGAUUCCAUCCCUGAAGAAGUUGUACAGAGAAUUAAAUUUCAACUUUAAGGAAUCAUUUGAUGCUUAUUUGGAAAGUCAGGGUCACAAUGCUAAGAAGCUGUGGAGUAAUAUCUCGGCUGCCAUUAAGACAGUUUAUUUACAGAAGGAGGCAGCCAUCAUUUCCGCUACAAGUAAAUAUUCAUCUUCAAGAAAUUUCUUUGAAAUGGUUCGAUUUGACUUUGCCCUAGAUGAACAUUUAAAUGUGUAUCUUAUGGAGGUGAACAUGUCUCCUAACCUAUCUUCAGGACACUUCAGUGAAAAUGCUGAGUUGUAUGAAAAGGUGGUCUUCAAUUUACUAAGUGUUGUCUUAGUCACCAGACCAGUCAAAAAUGACUUCUUUAAAAGUUCUGAGGAUGAAGCCAAUAUGAGAGUCUCUGACAAAGACAUUUCUGUGUUCCCCGAGUGGUGCCUCAGGAAAUCAUGUCUUCAUAGCUGUAGGAAUGAGAUGUGUAUGUUGUGUAGCCAAUGUUUAACUCUGACAAUGAAGAAAACACUGAAGCUGGCUUAUCUAGAGCAUAUUAACAAAGGAAGCUGUGGCCGUAUCCUUCCACAGAAAAUGACUGAGGAGUUUGCUUUAGACUGGUCCCCCUCAACUAAUGACCCAGAGUACCAGAAUCUGAAUAGGAAGAAUAAGUUGAUGUACAUGUGGUUUGUUGGUAAAUGUAGACAGAAUGCUGCUUGGUGUUAAAUCACACAAUCAAUCAUCUGGAACGAGAGAAUAAACCACAAAAACAACAAAACACCACCGGAAUACUGUCUACUAUGAAUAUAUUGAAAUUGAUCAAGGGACAAUCUCUUGUUUUUGUAUAAACAAGAUGAUACAUCUUCUUAAAUUAAUAAAGAUCAUAUGUUUUCUGAAGGGUUAUUCGCAAAUACUAGUAUAUUGUAAUACACUAUAGAUUUCUUAUUUAUUUUUGUGAGUAAUUACCGGUAUCAUCGGGAAAUGGCUUUUAAAUGUCAAAUCGCGAAAAGAAUAAUUUGUGAAUAGAUGGUUGGUCAAGAGAAAUAGCAUGGAUUUCAGCAGCAUAAAAAUAAAAGCGAGUAAUUCUAUUUCAAGAGUAAUGGUUCUCACAAAAUUAUGCGAUAAUUAAUUCCUCGCGCAUAAUUAGGAAUCUACAGUAAUAGAAAUGUAAGAUUUUAUGUGUUUUAUUAUAAUUUACAUGUAGAUAAUUUUUUUGUUUUCGUCUCUUUUUUGAAAUGGUUCUUAGCAAAUCAGUUUUCUUUCAAAAUAAGCAUUUGUGAAUAUAGUAAAUGGAAGUGGAAAAGGCCUUAGUAGCAUUUGAUGUGUAAAAUUAUGAAUAUUUUUAAAUGGACGAUAAAGAGUUUAUUUUAAAGAAUUGCAAAGUUAUUAUUUGGCCAGACAAAAUUAUUUGUCCUUGGUUAUGGUUUAACCAUUGAUUAACUAGUGGUUCUCAUGCUAUAUGCUGUGAUAUAUACUCAUUUUUAUAAAAGUGAGAUUAUGUUAUUUGAUAGCUUUUGCUGUAUUUUGCCAAAGUACUACAUUAUAUUGUGCUGUAUUUUGCUACAGCACAACAUUACAUUGAAUGUGCUGUAUUUUGCUAAAGCACUAAAAUAUAUUAUGCUGUGUUUUGCUAAGCACUUAAUUAUAUUGUGCUGCAAGCACUAUAAUAUAUUGUGCUGUAUUUAGAAUAUUGUACGAGAUUUUUUUAAUGCACUGUAUGACUAUGUUCUUCAUUAAUGAGAUUUAUUGUACCAUAUACUUAUCCAUGAUCAGUACCAACAUAUUCCACAACAUUUACUUGUUAUAGAAUAUUCAAUAUUUUUAACACCCACUGACAUAUAACUCAGAAUAUACAUCCACAUACCUGUGCAGUGUUAUCUGUGUGAAUGAAACAUGAUAGUAUGUAGCAUGUUUAUAAAAAGGCAUUGUUAUACCCUUAUAAAUAGCUUUCUAUAUAUUUAUUACUAAUAAAAAGUCCAACAAAAGAAAUGUUUAUUACACCAGUCUAACAAUUUCACUGUUGACCGGGCUGCCGGUCCAACAUAAGAAUUGUUAGACCGCAACGUCACUGCUACAUCACAAGUAAUUAAUCAUCUUCAAUAUCGGCAACACGGAAAUAGCCAAAGUUAAGAACUGCAAGAGUUGUUGCUACUAGCAAGGAAGAAGGGAAGAUUAUGUUUUGUGAUAAAUAAUUUUCGUUAUAUAAUAAAAAUAUGAUUUUGUUCUUUCUCAGCUAAUGUUUUAUAUUUACUGAUGAAGCCAUAAUUUUCCAUAAUUAUAAAGUAAUUAAUAAUAUAGUGUGUAUUGAUUAAAUCUUGAAGGGUAUAACAAAACAGUUAUAGACUGGGAUUCGGGCAAUAUAUGAUUUGUUGAACCUGAAGUUGAAAAUGUUGCCCUUUGCCUGCGGACUGGGGCAACAUUUUCACCUUCAGGUCCAACAAAUCAUAUGUUGCCCUCAUACCCUAUCAAUAACUGUAUAUUGCCUAAGCACUACAUGUCAUAAAAUUAUGUCAUUUUGAAUUGCAACACACGUAUAGUGAAACCUUGCUUAAUCUGACAGGCACUGGGAGACAAAUUCUGUGUCGGAAUAGACAGGGUGUCGGAUUGCACAAGGUAAAGUGAGAAUGAAAUUUAAUGUCAGAAUUCUCAGUGUGGCACAGGCAGAUCUAUUAUUUUCAAUACAUAUAAUUCUUUAGUUGCAUUUAUUAAAUUUUUUAUCAUUGCAUGGUUCCUUCAAGACCAAAACCUAUAGUACAUCAAAAUCUACUGAUCAAACUCGUAUUUUCCAAAGGGAAAAAUGACCUUACAAUAUAUUAAACCUUUUUUUUAUUUUAAUUUACAUUGUAAAACUACUUUCUCAUUCCAUUUUGAUAAUAUAUACAUAACAUAUAUUUGGGGCUGCUUUCCAUGCUGAUUUUUAACUGUGUGUUCUCAUUUAUUUUUUUUUUUUACAUUGUUUUGAACUAAUAGGUAGAAUGCCUGGAAUGGACUUUAAAUUUUGAUAUGCUUGUUUUUGUAAAUACAUGUACAUGUAUAUAUGUUAAAUAUGACACGUGAACAGUUGAUCUAUUUAAACAUAUCAU